CCAGUCCCAGAAUCUGUCAGGACAGAGAGAUGCACGAUUCAGUUCAUUCCGUGGUGCCAAUGCCAAUUUGCCAAUUGCCAAAGCCUCCGUACCAUCCAGCAGCACCAGCAGACACACGAUCAGUCAAUCAGUGCAAGUGCAAAAACCCCGAGCCACGCACGGAAGGAGACCACCAGCCAGUGCUCUACUUGUCAGUGGUCAUCUCAGCUCCAGCUGGGCGCUCUACUGCUAGCUCCUGUAUAUAACACGCACGCCGCGGAUAGGAGCUAUGCGAUCGGUCGUUCCUUCUUCGUGUUCCCUCCACUCACCAGGGCGGCAGCCUGAUAGAGCCGCCCCACUUACGGCCAAGGCCACUUGUGUUGUGCGUUCGUGCCAUGGCCACUGCCGGUUCUGCUUCUUCUUCUCGGUGCUGCUUACUCCUCCUGAUGAUGCACCUGGUCAUCGCCGCCGCCACGCUCGUCGGGGCUGCAGCUCCUGCCGCGGGAAGCUCUGCCGAUCGUGUGCUUCUGCGCGUGGAUUCGCUGUUCCCUGGACCGUCGUCGUGCACGUCGACACAAGAGCGGAAACCCAUCACUGCGACGUCGUCAGCAGCAAGGGUGCCGAUCGUCCACCGGCACGGCCCGUGCUCACCACUGGCCGGCGCGCACGCCGGGAAGCCGCCGUCCCACGCGGAGAUCCUGGCUGCCGACCAGAACCGCGUGGAGUCGCUCCAUCACCGUGUGUCCUCGACGACCACCGGCCUGGGCGGCAAACCACGGACGAAGAAGAAAACCCCCGGGCACUCCUCGGUUCCCGCGUCGUCAUCGUCGUCGUCCUCAUCGGUCCCGGCGUCGUCGGGGCUCUCCCUGGGCACGGCCAACUACGUGGUGCCCAUCGGGCUGGGCACGCCGCCGUCGCGGUUCACGGUGGUGUUCGACACGGGGAGCGACACGACGUGGGUGCAGUGCCGGCCGUGCGUGGUGUCCUGCUACAAGCAGAAGGACCGCCUCUUCGACCCGGCAAAAUCCUCCACCUACGCCAACGUCUCCUGCGCCGACCCGGCCUGCGCCGACCUCGACGCCAGCGGCUGCAACGCCGGCCACUGCCUCUACGGCAUCCAGUACGGCGACGGCUCCUACACCGUCGGCUUCUUCGCCAAGGACACUCUCGCCGUGGCGCAGGACGCCAUCAAGGGGUUCAAGUUCGGGUGCGGCGAGAAGAACCGCGGGCUUUUCGGGCAGACGGCGGGCCUCCUCGGGCUGGGCCGUGGGCCGACCUCGAUCACGGUGCAGGCCUACGAGAAAUACGGCGGCUCCUUCUCCUACUGCCUCCCGGCGUCCUCCGCGGCCACGGGCUACCUGGAAUUCGGCCCGUUAUCGCCUUCGUCUUCCGGCAGCAACGCGAAGACGACGCCGAUGCUGACGGACAAAGGGCCCACGUUCUACUACGUGGGCCUUACGGGGAUCCGCGUGGGAGGGAAGCAGCUGGGGGCCAUCCCGGAGUCCGUCUUCUCCAACUCCGGCACGCUCGUGGACUCCGGCACCGUGAUCACGCGGCUUCCCGACACCGCCUACGCCGCGCUGUCGUCGGCGUUCGCGGCGGCCAUGGCAGCCAGCGGGUACAAGAAGGCGGCGGCGUACUCCAUCCUCGACACCUGCUACGACUUCACGGGGCUCAGCCAGGUGUCGCUGCCGACCGUGUCGCUCGUGUUCCAGGGCGGCGCGUGCCUCGACCUCGACGCGUCCGGGAUCGUCUACGCCAUCAGCCAGUCGCAGGUGUGCCUCGGCUUCGCGUCCAACGGCGACGACGAGAGCGUGGGGAUCGUUGGGAACACGCAGCAGAGGACUUACGGGGUGCUCUACGACGUCUCCAAGAAGGUCGUCGGCUUCGCACCCGGGGCUUGCUGAAGCUGAGCGGUUAGUACUUGGCGGGUAUCAAUGUCGAUCGCCGCCGGGGAAGAAGCUAGCUCGUGAUGAUUCUUGGAUUAAUAAUGACUAAGCAAAUGCUGCGUCCACCAAGUGGUCGAUAGGGGAUGACUAUACAGAAAUUAUACGUACGGAUUGUAACGUGAGAAAUGCCAGCUUCUAUAUAUACUGUCAGUCUGUCAGUGAUGAAAUUGGUAGCCUUGAACGGCGGUAAAGAACAGGAGAAGAACAUUAAUUACUGCCUGCAACUGCAAGGCAUGCUAUAAAAUCACCAAGUGUUCGUCC